UUUGACGAUUUUCGACGACUUCAUCCAGUUCCGGUUGCGAGGGCAGUCCACCACCCAGUCGCCGUAUCCAUCUCUCUUUUUUCCUACUUCUUUCAAGGACUCGAACUGUUAUCCUGAACCAUCCAAAGAAGUCCUGCCACGAUGCCCGCACCUUCCAACACCCUUCUCAUUGAGGGGUCCUUCGAAGAAUUAGCCGAAGAACUCGCCGUCUAUAUUGACAACCUCAGGAAAGAUGAGGGCGCAAAGAUCCAGGCCGAUGUGGCUCCGCUGCUUCAGCAAGAAGGAUCAAAAGAUGAAGUCAUGAAAAAGCUGGUCAUCGGGUCGUCGGCCCUGAACAACGCGCCAGAGAAAGAGUUCAUUGCCGCAUACAAUCUCCUCAUCCACCUAAUCCAGCAAACGAAGAACCCAAACAUGUUCCUCUCGAAAAUUUGCCAAUAUCUUUCGCAACCGAUUACCACCUCCCCGCACCACGGCCCCUCACUCGCCCUCGCCGUCCUCAGCACCAUCUUCAAUGUCCUCUCCCCCGACGACGACAGCCGAUAUCACGUUCUUCUUGCCCUCCUCAGCGUCAUCCGAUCCGCCUCCGCAUACGAUCUCAUCAAGCCACAACUCAAAGAACUGGACUCAUGGAUUGCGUCCUGGGAACUUGACGAGGAUGAUCAACGCAAACUCUACCUCGCGCUGAGCGACGUCGCGAAAGACUCCGGCGAGACCGAUGCCUCAUACACACACUUCGUCAGCGCCCUACGAACGAUCCCCGCAGACGAAUCAAAUGACGAGGAGAGCCGAACGCUGGCGCUGAAAGGCCUGAAAGCCGCGCUGACCCACCCGAGUCACUUCGACUUCCAAGACCUCACCGAGCUCGACUGCAUCCAAGCGCUCCGCAAAUCCGACCCGCUGUACUUCGAGCUGCUGGAGAUCUUCGCCGGCGAGACGCUGGAGGAGUACAAUGACUUCAACGAGGCAAACGACGACUUCCUUGAGAGCAGCGGGCUGGAUGCCGAGGUGCUGUACCGGAAGUUGCGGCUGCUGACGGUCGCAUCGUUGGCGGCGUCGGCGCAGCAGACGCGCACGCUGCCGUACUCCGUGAUCGCGAAGGCAUUGCUGAUCCCCCAGGAGGACGUGGAGAUGUGGAUCAUUGACGUGAUCCGCGCGGGCCUCGUCGAAGGCAAGUUGAGCCAAUUGAACCAGACGUUCUUGAUCCACCGCAGCACCUACCGGGUGUUCGGAGAGAAGCAGUGGCAGGAGGUCGCGUCGCGUCUGGACAUGUGGCGGACGAGCCUGGUCGGCGUGCUGGAAGUGGUCCGGCAGGAGAAGGAGAACUACGUCGAGCAGGUGGAGGAGACAGGGUGGACGGCAGGGCCAGCAGCAUCACCAGCAGAAGGAACAAAAGCCCAAAGUGGUGCCCUCGGAUAUUGA